CACAGCUGGCCCUCUUUUCUGGAAUUAUUGUAAUCCGGGAGGUUUUACACAGAGGUGAGGGGCGCGCGGCGCUUGUUUCAGGGCUGGAAUGAAUGCGCGUAGCGAAGGCCAGAAGCCCUCGGCUCUCUGGAAACCUGCCAUGUGACAUCUGGCUGUUUGCGCUCCGCCAGAAGGUCAAAAGAAGCCCGCUCAUUUCACAGAAAUGCAGAAAGCCAAAAUCCUGCAGCAGCAGCAGCCGCUCGUCUUCUCCUCCGGGUUUGAGUGCCUUCAGCAGGCACCGACGCAGCGGCAGCGCGCGGAGACGUUUGAGCGUGCGUGUCCCCGGAGGUCAAAAGCGCAAACCCCCAAGUUUACUGUCAGCAAAACCAUUUUCCCCUGGAUGAAGGAGUCCAGACACUCAGAGCACAAACCCGACAGCAGGAUCUCAGACGACGAUAAAGCCCCAAACGCCACCCUGGCCUCCAAGCGCACGCGCACCGCAUACACGAGCGCCCAGCUGGUGGAGCUGGAGAAGGAGUUCCACUUCAGCCGCUACCUGUGCAGGCCGCGGAGGGUGGAGAUGGCCAGCCUGCUCAACCUCAACGAAAGGCAGAUCAAGAUCUGGUUUCAGAACCGGAGGAUGAAGCAGAAGAAGGACCAGAGGGCGCGCGGCCUCACUGCCUCCCCCUGCUCACCCCCAUCCUCACCCUCUGCCGGCGCGAGCCCGACCCUGGCCAGCCUCGGAUAUGUCCACGUGGGCGGCGAUUACUUGCAGGCCUCCCCUCCUCUGAAGCCCCAGAAUGCACAGCUGGCCUACCCUACAGAAUUCAGCAAAUACCCAGAUCCGGAUCUGACGUGCGGCCCGCAGUUUGAGGCGCAGUACAACAGCCCGGGAGGGGGGGAUUUGAGCGGGCCAUACCUCUCACAGAGCUGCACUCCUCAGGACAGAAUCCUGCAAGCUCCAAGACUGACGCAUCUGUAGAGCCAACCGUUAUUUAUAUAUUUAAAACCCUUGCUUUGCACAUUUA